AUGACGGAUCUAGGUAUAGCUAUUGAGCGCAUGGAACAACUUAAAGAAUCCAUAGACAUUGUAAAAUACAUCAGUUAUUUUAGGGAUAUCUAUGUAUUUGUGCUGCUUUCGUUUUGUUGAUGCAAGUUGGAUUCGCAUUCCUUGAAGGUGGGUGUCUUCGCUAUAAGGACAUGCAAAGUAUUAUGCUCAAAAUAUUUAUGAACACUUGUGUUACUGUUGUAAUAUGGUGGCUAGUUGGGUAUGGAAUAGCUUUUGGAAACGAUUCAAAAGAAUUCGUUGGAUCAUCUGUUUAUAUCGGAUUUGAUAUGAAAAACUCUAAACAUUUGGCAGAGUUUGCAUUUUAAACAGCUGUUGCCUCUGCCGCUACAAGCAUAGUUUCAGGAGGCGCAGCUGGUCGAAUGACUUAUAUUGGAUAUUUUAUACUAUCCGUAGUGUUUUCUUCAGUUAUAUACCCAUUUUGUGCUCAUUGGGGAUUCGGAAAUGGUUGGUUAAUGAAAUUAGGAUAUCAUGAUUAUGCUGGCAGUGGUACCAUUCAUGCUUCAGCUGGCAUGGGGGCUUUAAUGACAACCAUGUUAUUAAAACCAAGAAAUCAAAGAUUCAAUCCAAAGUAUUCAGAACACUUUGAACCUAACAAUCCAAUCUACAUCACUUUAGCUUGUCUUUCUCUAUGGGUGUGUUGGUGUUUCUUUAAUGGUGGAUCCUCAUUAGGCAUUGCCAAUGGAGCUAGUGUUUUUAUGAGUCGUGCUAUCAUGAAUACUUUCAUUGCAGGAGCUUCUGGUGCUUUAACUGUUUUCUUUAUUUUCUAUUUAAUGAACAUUGAUCAAGGCAACAAAUAUUCCUUAGUCAUGAUAUGUAACGGCAAUCUGGCUGGGUUAGUUGCCAUCACUGGGUACACUAAUUUUCUUAUCAUCCUAGUCCAUGUGACAAUGUUGAUGCGUGGGCAGCAUUUGUAAUUGGAAUCUUGGGAGGCAUGAUGAUGGUCUUUGCAAAUAGAGUCCUAUUCAAUCUAUAGAUAGAUGAUCCUGUUGAUGCUAUUUCAAUUCACUUUGUAGAUAUUUUUAUCUUAUUCAGGCAUGUGGAAUGUUGGGAGCCAAUUUAGUUUCAUGGUUUGAUAUGGAUACAGGAAUUGUCUAUGGCAAAGGAGGCUAUUAGUUUGCAGUUUAGAUGUUAGGAUCCUUUAUUUACAUUGGAUGGUCUGCAAUCAUUCAUUUAAUAACUCUUUUAUUUAUUGAAAAAAUAGGUUACUUACGAGUUUCAAUAGAAGAAGAACAUGAAGGAUUAGAUCCUGCCACAAUGGGAUGUUGUGCUUACGAAAUGGUUGAAUUAUAAUAAUGA